AUGACAGAAACAGCAAGUGCAAUAUUCGAUGUUUGUAAUGAUCAAUCAAAAAAUGUUAUGUUAAAAAUUUGGUCAAAAUCUGGUGCAAUGUUUCAAGAUAUAUUUUCAAUUGAGAAUACAACAUUUGCAUAUGUUAAAUGUUUAGCUAUGAAAUUUUUAUUAAAAAGUAAUAGUAAUAAUUUAUCGACAUAUGAUUAUUCAAUACGUACCAUAAGAACGAAUGAAAUGGAUAAUUAUAAAUUAAUAUCGAUUGAAACAAAAAAAAUUAUCGAUGAACAGAAAACUUUAAGUCAAGAAGAUGUUAAAGAUGGAGAUGAAUAUCUUCUAGCCAAAAAAGUAUUUCAGCAACCAUUGAGAGAUGAACAAACACUCGAACCUCGCUCUAUAGAUCAAGAUUUAAUCGAAUAUCGAACACAAGAUCUUCCACUACCUACGCAUCCAUUUUCUCAAUCACCACAUACAGUUGGAAGAACAGAAUUUCGUACUGAUCUUGGUCGUGUAUUAUUUACACUGAUUGAAAUAUCAUAUAAAUUACUUUGGUAUCAUUCAGAUGCUGAACAUAUCUUUAAGGAAGCUGAAGAAAUUCUUUCAAAAUCAUCGAGAACAGAAUCAAAUCAUCAAGAAAUGCAUAAAAAUCAAAUAGAGAAACUCGUUCAUAUGGGCUUUACUGCACAGCAUGCACAAGACGCACUGGAACGAACAAAAUAUGACUUAAAUGCUGCUAUGAAAUUACUUUCAGGCCAAGAAUAUACUGAUGAUCAUGAAAAAGGAACGAGAAACUUGAAUAAAAGAAAAUAUAUCUAUUCACGUUAUGGUCCAUUUAUACCAUUUCAAGAAUUUCGAAAACAAUGUUUUCAGCCAAAUCCAUUAGCCAUUCAAGUAUUAACAGAAAUGGGUUUCAAUCAUGAUGAUGCAAUAGAUGCUUUACGAAUAUGUUAUAAUAAUGAAAAUUUAGCUUGUGAAUAUCUUAUUGUUGAUAAAGAACAACAAAAUAUUAUCAGUGCUACUUAUGAACAAGGUCUUGAUUCAAAUUCAAGUAUUUUUCAAGCUAUUAUGGAAAAUUCAAUUGUUCAACGAGCACUUAAUAAUCCAAGGAUAUUUUUAAUUUUGCUUCAUUUAUACGAAAAUCCGAGUACAAUAACAAUUUAUUUAAAUGAUCCAGACGUUGGAUAUAUGUUGUUACAAAUAAGUCGUAUUUAUAAUGCUGAAAGGUAUCCAGUCUAUGUAUUAAGUAGUAAUUGA